AUGCUGCAUAGCACUGCGCUGCGGCGAGUGCCCUCUCGGCUCAUAUCAGGCUCGCGAUCGCUGGCGACGCAUGCUCCUCUGGCCGAGAAGGACUGCACAUCUGUUACGCCGCCAUAUGCUCGAUUGCUCGAAAACUUGGCACAUGUCCGGAGACAGCUGGGCAACCGACCACUCACGCUCGCGGAGAAGAUAUUGUACAGUCAUUUACACGACCCAGAAAAUAUUGGCAGUGGAGGAAUUGUCCGUGGAGAGAGUUAUCUACAGCUCAGCCCGGAGCGGGUAGCAAUGCAGGAUGCUUCAGCUCAAAUGGCACUAUUGCAAUUCAUGAGCGCCGGGCUCCCCCGCACCGCUGUUCCCUCCAGCAUCCACUGCGACCACUUGAUCCAGGCUUCUACUGGCGCGGAGAGUGAUCUUGCGCGUUCUAUCGACAACAACCGUGAAGUCUUUGACUUCUUGGAGAGCGCGGCUAAAAAGUAUGGCAUCGAGUUCUGGAAGCCUGGAUCUGGUAUCAUCCACCAAAUUGUGCUCGAGAAUUACGCAGCACCUGGUAUGCUCAUGCUUGGUACUGACUCGCACACACCGAACGCUGGUGGCCUCGGUUUGCUCGCUAUUGGCGUCGGUGGUGCCGAUGCAGUGGAUGCCAUGACAGGAACACCUUGGGAGCUCAAGGCGCCACAGGUAGUCGGUAUUCACCUUACCGGCAAGAUGAACGACUGGGUCCAGCCGAAGGAUCUCAUCUUACACCUAGCCGGCAAAUUGACUGUCAAGGGAGGUACCGGACGUAUCUUGGAGUACUAUGGACCCGGCGUGCACAACCAAUCAUGUACUGGUCUUGCGACUGUCGCGAACAUGGGUGCCGAAGUUGGUGCGACAACAUCCACAUUCCCUUACACCCCAGGCAUGCGCGCAUACUUGCAUGCGACGGCACGCGGCCCCGUAGCUAUUGCUGCGGACAAGGCUGCAUCCCAAGGGUUCUUGUCCGCAGACGAGGGCGCUGAAUACGACGAACACAUCGAGAUCAACCUCUCGGACUUGGAGCCGACAAUCAACGGGCCCUUCACACCUGAUCUUGCGACGCCGCUCUCGAAGUUCGGCGAGGUAGUCAAGGAGCAAGGAUGGAAGGACGAGAUGGCAGCCGGCCUUAUCGGAUCAUGUACGAACUCUUCGUAUGAGGACAUGACUCGCGUGGCCGAUCUUGCUCGUCAGGCGAAGGCAGCGGGAUUGAAGGCGAAGGUGCCGUUCCUGUGCACUCCAGGCUCUGAGCAGAUCCGCGCGACUAUGGAGCGUGACAACGUCACUUCUGCUCUCGAGGAUGUCGGCGCUGUUGUUCUGGCGAACGCUUGUGGUCCUUGCAUCGGUCAAUGGAAGCGUGACGAGCACAAGGGAGAGGAAAAUGCUAUCAUCACUUCCUUCAACCGCAACUUCAAGUCUCGCAAUGACGGCAACAGCAAGACGAUGAACUUCCUGGCAUCUCCGACUACAGUCACGGCAAUGGCGUUCUCCGGCAAGCUAUCAUUCAACCCGAUGACCGAUUCGAUUCCUCUUCCGAAUGGCGACGUCUUCAAGUUCACGCCUCCCGUUGGCCAGGACCUCCCGUCGUCCGGCUUCACCGCAGGAAACACAUCGUACUACCCGUCACCCAUGCCUGAACCACAACCUGAAACAGAAGUCGUGAUCAAGCCAGACUCGCAACGUCUCGAACUGUUGGAACCCUUCGCAAGUCCCUUCGACAACAACCCACGCGGCCUCGAGCUUCCCGCGCUGAAGGUGCUCAUGCGUGUGCGUGGCAAAUGCACAACGGACCACAUCUCCGCCGCAGGCCCAUGGCUCAAGUACAAAGGCCAUCUGACGAACAUCUCCGAGAACCUCCUCAUCACCGCCGUAAACGACGAGGGUGGCGAUGUGAACGUCGCAUUCGACCACGAUCGCGAGCCGGGACAGUCCGAGACGGACACGAUCCCCGGUGUUGCGAAGCGCUUCAAGGCCCGCGGACAGCCGUGGGCGCUCGUUGUGGAUGAGAACUACGGCGAAGGCAGUGCUCGCGAGCAUGCUGCUCUUCAACCCCGCUUCUAUGGCUGCGCUAUGAUCAUCGCCCGCUCCUUUGCUCGCAUCCACGAGACGAACCUCAAAAAACAGGGUGUAUUGCCGGUUUGGUUCGCCGAUAAGAAUGAUUACUCCCGCAUCGACUCCGGCGAUAUCGUCGAGACGUAUGGGCUCGCGGAUCUGCUCAGUGGUAAGCCGGAUGCGCAGAUCACUGUCAAGGUCAUCAAGCGUUCCGGCGAGACGUUCGAUAUCGCGACGAAGCAUACACUCUCCGCAGACCAGCUUAGGUGGCUGCGCGCCGGCUCGGCGCUCAAUCACAUUCGCUCGCAGCUGGCGUGA